AUAUAAUACGAAGCAUUUAUUCAGAUAUUUGUCUGCUAUCAUUACGUGGAUAACCUCCAAGAUGCCUACAUACAAAUUGAUGUACUUUGAGAGCAAGGGGCGUGCCGAGGUAAUUAGACUAGCCCUAACAGCUGCAGGACAGGAGUUCGAGGACAAGAGGUUUACAAGAGAAGAAUGGCUAAAAGUCAAACCAACUAUCCCACAAAACCAAUUGCCUUGCCUGCAAGUGGAUGACAGACUCAUACCCCAAUCUGGCGCCAUCUUGAGAUAUGUUGGAAGAGCCUUUGGCUUAUAUGGAGACAAUAAUGACGAAAGCACACGUAUUGACGUCAUUCUUGGGGCUACUGAUGACUUUUUGAAAAACCUCAUUAAUGUGUAUUAUGAGAAAGACGAAACGAAGAAAGAAGAAUUGAAGAAAGAUCUAGAAGAAAACAAACUGCCACAAUAUUUCAAUUUGAUGGAGGAAAUUCUGAAGGAAAAUAAUGGAGGGGAUGGGUUCUUUGUAGGAAAUAAGAUGUCGAUUGCUGACCUAAUGAUCUAUGACCUAACCGAUCAAGUCGCAAGUUUUGUUACACCCCCGCCACUUCCACCUAAGCUUGGGACUUUGAUUGAGAAAGUGAAAAACAAUCCAAAAAUAAAGGAGUACACCUCAAAACAAGCCUCAAAAUAAACAGAAGAGAAGCGUAACCACACAGUAUACAUUACUUCCAGGUAUUGAGAUGAUUCUGUUCAAGGGAAUUCUAAUGCGAUAGACCAGUGAAAAGAUCAGUUCAAGUUAAGAAGCACUUAUAAUUGUGGAAUGUAUUAACUGGCUUUCGUGUCUAAGAUUGAAGUCUAAAAACUGACUUUAUCUCUGCAUUAUUCAGUGUGUUACUAAAUAAAUAUAUUUUAUUCAA